GUGUCUGUGGGACAAUCUCUGUCUAAGGUAAGUGAGGAAAAGAUGCUUAUGGGUAAGGAGAGGAGCUCAAGCUAUGGAACCUAAAGUCUGACAAAAGUGGCAGAGGAUGGAUUUGUCAAAUCAAAGAUCAUCAGUUGAAGGAUGAAAACUGACAGCAGAUGCAGAAGUAUUUUGAGUAAUUUUUUUUUUAAUGAUUAUUUCACGUGGAGCUUUUAAAAUACUGAAGAUGCUGCAGUGAGUAAUUUGUACUGUGAAUGGUAAAAUGCAUCAGUAUGGAUUAUGUAGAUGUGCCCUUAAUAAGACUAUUAUUAAAGGCUGUAAAUUGUUGUAGUCAGAUGCAUUUUUGUGGUUAUAGAGGCAGUUAUCAGUGAGCUUAACUCAUCAGUACAAAAGUUAACCGUACUGUUACUAAGAAAUAGAACUUCAAAUCCAGACCUCUCUACUUCAGCCACGUUAACUAGUACACAGGCUGAACUUUUUACUUUACACACACCGUGUUUGGAUGAGGGGACCAGCACUGACCAAUUGGAUCAACAGGAAGCGCCAAGGGGGCAUGGUUACAUAUGCCCGUGGAUUGUUUCUCGGGCUUGAAAGAGGAGAGAGACGACAGGCCAGAGCUGAAACGACACUGAAAAAAAACAUGUACACAAUUUUGGACACUUUAACUGUAUAAUAUUUUUUAAACAAGUCACUUUCACUAAAGCAGGAACCAAAAGGACUUCGAAUAUGGAAGUUGCCUAUGGGAAUUGACAUAGGCUCUUCUGCGUAUCAGGAGUUGGUGGAAUUGUUCAACAAAAUGGGGCUGGCUGUGUUGGACAUUAUCAUCAGGAACAAUACAAAGGAAAGAUGGUGAAAGAGAGAGGUUAUUAUGAUAUUUUGGGUGUUGAACCAACUGCUUCUCCCGAUGAAAUAAAAAAGGCGUAUCGAAAGCUGGCACUGAAGUAUCACCCAGACAAAAACCCAAACGAGGGUGAAAGGUUUAAGCUCAUAUCGCAAGCCUAUGAGGUUCUGUCCGACGAGAAGAAGCGGGAUUUGUAUGACAAAGGUGGUGAGCAAGCCAUUAAAGAGGGCGGCUUAGGAUCAGGGGGCUUCUCCUCACCCAUGGACAUUUUCGACAUGUUCUUUGGUGGAGGUGGCAGGAUGAACAGAGAAAGGAAAGGCAAAAAUGUUGUGCAUCAGAUGUCUGUGUCACUUGAAGACCUUUAUAAUGGAGCCACAAGGAAGCUAGCACUUCAGAAGAAUGUGAUUUGUGAAAAAUGUGAAGGCCAUGGUGGGAAGAAAGGAGCAGUAGAGAACUGUCCUACUUGUAAAGGCAGAGGAAUCCAGGUUCAUGUUCAGCAGUUGGGGCCUGGAAUGGUCCAACAGAUUCAGACAAUGUGUUCAGAUUGUCACGGGCAAGGGGAAAGAAUAAACCCAAAAUACAGGUGCAGAAACUGCAAUGGGAACAAGACUGUACGAGAAAAAAAAAUCAUUGAGGUCCAUAUUGACAAAGGUAUGAAAGACGGACAGAAAAUUACCUUUCAUGGUGAGGGGGACCAAGAGCCAGGUCUUGAACCUGGUGAUGUCAUAAUUGUUCUUGAUCAGAAGGAUCAUGACACAUUUCAGAGGCGAGGAGAUGACUUGAUGACCAAAAUGGACAUCCAAUUAGUAGAAGCUUUGUGUGGCUUCAGAAGGACAUUGCAAACCCUUGACAAAAGGACACUUCUUAUAACCUCAAAAGCAGGUGAAGUAAUAAAGCAUGGUGCUUUAAAAUGUGUUCUUAAUGAAGGAAUGCCUAUCUACAGGGAUCCGUUUGAGAAGGGUCGAUUAGUCAUACAGUUUUUUGUCAUAUUUCCUGAAGAUGGAUGGCUUCCUCUGCAUAAGCUUCAUCAUUUAGAAGCUUUACUACCUCAAAGAGAUGAUAUUAUGGUAACAGAAGACAUGGAGUAUGUUGAACUGUCUAAAUUUGAUCCUGAAGCUGAACGUAGACAUUUUGCUGGCGAGGCUUAUGAGGAGGAUGAACGGCCUAGAGCAGGUGUUCAGUGUCAUACCUCAUAAAGCAUCUGCAAUAGGAUUUAAACAAAGACUUCAAAAUGUAGUGCAUUAAAUUGUCAUUGAAAAGGACUUACUUAGUUUUUGAUGUUUCAGACUCUAUUUUUAUCAGAUUGUACUAGUUUUUGUGCAGAUAAAUCCAAUUUAUGCUUUACAUUAAAGACCAGAAUUGUGGACAA